CUCUACUAUAUCGCCAUGCCCACCGCUACGUGUAGUUUUCGAGUGACUGAUAAUCAGUUCCCGUCGUCUGCUUGAGUUUGAUUGACCUUGAUGGUUGCGCACUCCUACAGACUCUCACACACUCACGCUACGUCUCUACUCAUCUCCGUCUCUGGUUCCAGGGGCAUACUUACGCCCAUCUCAACACCAUGUCAUCGUCCUACGGAAGCUGCCGCUGCGGUAACAUCAAGAUAUCCUUCAAAGGAGACCCCAUAACCACAGCCGCAUGCCACUGCCUCGACUGCCGCAAAGUCUCAGGCAGCGCCUUUGGCGUAAGCAUCCUAGUCCCAGCCGCCGCCUUCGCGUGUGACAAGGGCACGCCGACAGACUACGCCAGCACGUCUGACAGCGGCAACGAAGUCGUCAACCACUUUUGCGGAAGCUGCGGCGUCACGCUCUGGGCUGACGGAGCGUCCUCCCCGUUCAAGUUCGUCAAGGCCGGCGUGUUGAAUGAUGCUGCUGCGCUGGAUAGGUUGAAGCCCGCUGCUGAGAUCUAUACCUGUCGACGUGCCGCGUGGUGCUCGGCUUUGGAGGGAGCCCAGCAGAAGGAAAAGAUGUAGGGG